AAAUUGAUAACUCAGUGAUGAUUUAAUUUAUCACUUUAAACAGGGAGUUAAGAGCCUAAUAUAUGUCACUAUAGGAUCAGCUAAAUUUUUUUGUUACAUCCAUAAUAUAGGUUAUAAUAGGACAUCUUAAAAAGACGAAAAUACAUAAAUACAUAAAAUUUUAAAAGACAAUGUAUACUUAUAUGAUUUGAUAGAAAAAAGUUUGAAAGCAACGUUAGUAUAGUAGUCGUAUUUGUGAAAAUGCGAUUAUGUGGUAAACUCUCAACAUAUUUUAGGGAAAGGAUUUUAGAAGAAAUAUUUUCACAUUCUGCACGAUACACUUUCAUGUAUAAACUCAUGAGAAACAAUAUUUCUAUGAUUCUGGAAAAUAAAGCACUUCAUCUUUCUUUUUCUAAUAAAAGCAACCCUCUCGUCUGGUGGUUACUAGGCAACGCUCGCCGGACCAAACCAUCCCCAAGGUUUGGGGGGGGCAGAGUGUCGUUUUGAUUUUGCUCUAAGGAAAGUUGCUAGGGAUUCGUCCUGCGGCCGUCUUUGAGCAGGGCACAGCUGCUCAGCCUUAGAAGGAAACUUGGACUGAGUCGUGGGCGCUGCGAAACGCCAGGCACUGGCGCUAUCUCUGAGCGGGGUUAGUGUUUACAGCUACAAAAUGGACCUCUGAACCAGGGUGGUUGCUAGGCAACGCCCUGUCACCGUCGCCAUCUUUGAGUGUGGCCACGCUGUUUAUCAAUUACGAAUGUGAAACGUACUAAUCUAUAUGAUGAUUACUAGGCAACGGCCUUGAUGCGGUCACUACCUCCAAGCCCAGCACUUCGUUUUGUUUAUUAAAGAAAUAGAGGGAAACCCGUUCAAAAAGCGCCUACAAAACUUCGGAAAUAGAAUUAGCCUCCAUCUUUGUUCGGGGUAUUGUGACUUCCGGCUGGGGCGGAAGAGCCUAGCGGGAUUCGGGGGAAGUGCUGGAAUAGGGGUUAAGCGAUGGAUUUGAGUUGGAUGAAGAAAGCGGGAACCUAGUCCCCUUCCAAUCAGCUGCCCAUCUCGCCCUUUGGCGGCUUUGGACUGCAGCCCGAUUUAGUGUGACUACGGGCAUGCUACAAGGCGGGCACUGACUGUCCCCACGAGGGGACUGGAAGGCGGGUUUCCAGAUGGGGGAGGAGGGGACCGAGGGCAUGGUACAUCUGCUAUGCCUCGCGGCAUCCAGCGGGGUACCCUUGUUUUGCAGGAGCAGCCGCGGCGGCGCCCCCGCCCGCCAACAGCUCCCAUUCUCUGUCAUCGGUUCCCUCAAUGGAGUUCACAUGUUUGGGCAGAACCUCGAGGUGCAGCUGAGCUCUGCGAGGACAGAGGACACAACCGUGGUGUGGAAAAGUUUCCAUGACAGCAUCACGCUCAUUGUUCUGUCAUCCGAAGAGGGCACCUCGGAGCUGAGGCUGGAGAGACUACUCCAGAUGGUGUUUGGGGCGAUGGUUCUUCUUGUGGGACUUGAAGAACUAACCAAUAUCCGCAACAUAGAGAGACUGAAGAAGGAGCUGAGGGCCAGUUACCGCCUCAUCGACAGCUUCCUGGGGAACUCAGAGCUCAUCGGGGACCUGACCCAGUGUGUGGACUGUGUGGUUCCUCCAGAGGGGUCCCUGCUGCAGGAAGCCCUCUCUGGGUUUGCCGAGGCCGUGGGCACGGCCUUCGUCAGCCUGGUCGUGUCCGGCCGAGUGGUGGCAGCAACAGAGAGCUGGUGGCGGCUGGGGAUGCCGGAGGCUGUGCUGCUCCUCUGGCUGGUGGGGUCCCUGCCGCCGCAGGCCGCUCGCGACUACCCGGUGUACCUGCCGCACGGGAGCCCGAUGGUUCCUCACCGGCUUCUGACCCUGACGCUCCUUCCGGGCUUGGAGCUGUGUCUGCUCUGCGGGCCGCGCCCUCCCCUCAGCCAGCUGGAUGCACAGCUUCUGGAGCGCUGGUGGCAGCCGCUGCUGGACCCGCUGCGGGCCUGCCUGCCGCUGGGACCCCGAGCGCUGCCCGGGGGCUUCCCCCUGCACGCGGACAUCCUCGGGCUGCUGCUCCUCCACCUGGAACUGAAACGUUGCCUCUUCACUGUGGAGCUGUCGGGGGAUAAAGAACCAUCUCCUGGGCAGCGGCGGCGCCUCCUCCGCUCCUUCUACACCCUGGUCACUGCCACGUACUUCCCACCAGAGCCCGGGCAGCCAGAGAAGGUGGAGGAGGCGGUCCACCGGGCCCAGGUGCCGAGAGCCUGCUACCUGGUGUCGGGGCCUGAGGAGCCGGGCAUCGGAUGGCGGCUGGUGGCCCUGCAGUUGGGGCCACGGCGGCUGCUGCUGCUGCUGUCUGCUCAGAGUCCCACGCACGGGCUUCGGGGCCUGGCCACCCACACCCUGCAUGCCCUCACCCCGCUCCUCUGAGCGCCAGACACAGACACGCACACGGGGCUAUUAGCGUCUCUCUGUUUAUUCGCUCACAAUAAUACACAGCCCCUGGAUGGGGAGGGGGCAGGAGGGGCUACCGGGGGGUGGGGUGGGAGGGGAGGAGGUGCCCACUUCCCUGGCCCCUCUCCCCUCUGUGCUUCGGGGGGGGGGGAAGGGAGGAAGGGGGCUCCCCCUUACCCCCCAGAAUGUAAACAGCAGCAGAUGAACAAAAAUAAAAAUACAAAAGGCCAGAG